AUGGGUUCUUUGUACAGUGUGUCCUACCCGUGGAACCUUUGGCCCAAAACCGACAGGGCCCUUGAGUCGCUAGCAGCGCCUGCCAUAAAAGCUGCGUUGCUGCUGUUUACCAACACUGGUAGCGGAGCGAGUGUAAGUCGGGACCUUGGGUUGACCGCAUCCGCCCUACCACCCUCUGAGAGGUCCACGGACCCAGAGGUUUUUACCUUUCGUGCACCCGCCCUUGCGGCUGAGCGUGCCCCACUGCACCUCGCCUCGGCGGAGCGUGCCCCACUGCACCUCGCCUCGGCUGAGUGUGCCCUACUGCACCUACCGACCGAGCGUGCCCCAUUGCACCUCGCUUCGGCUGAGUGUGCCAGCUGCGCCCCGCAUUUUGCGGCGAGCCGAGCGCCCCCGCAGCAGCAGCGUGUGGCGACCAAGAGCCAACCACCGCUGCCACCUCCGGCGGCGCCUGAGCGCGCCCCGUCAGGGAAGACGAAGGAGGAAAGGAAGAAGGAGAAGAAGGAAAGGGCGCGCAGAGAGAAGAAGGAGCAGAAGGAGGCAAAGAAGGCACGCAAGGAAGACCGUGCAGAGGCUCACGAGGGACGAAAGGCCCCGGAGCAGAAAGGAGCCCAGGCGGCCCAAGACGGAGCACCCACGAGGGAACCACUUCCCCGGGUGCACAGCGUGGCAGCUGCCAAGGCGAAGAGGGACGCUGCCCUCGCCACGACGGCCGCCAAGGCGAGGCCCCCGAGCAACGACACUGCGGACGGGGAGCCACCCCUUACGCCAAGGGCGCGUGCUGCGGGACACAACCCCUACGAGGACGACCUCUACGAUGGAGACCCCAGCGCCGGUGGCAGUGCACAGGGAAGCCAAGCUACCCAGCUCACGCCACCCGGUCCUCCACCCGUAGUUCCCGGCCUCGGCGACGGGACAUGGGUGUGGAUCGCGCAGCCCGCUGGUCACUCCUACUGGUUCUUUGCCCCCGCGACAACGCCAACGUCACGUGGAAGCGAACGGCCACGAACACCACCGAGAGGUCCGGAGCGGCCUCCGGCGGCGACGCGCGGCAGGCCGCCGUGCGACUGGCGAGACUACGACGGUGACGACAGCAGGGACUCCCGGGACUCCCGCCGUAACCAGCGUGGUCGCUCGACGCGCCGGGCGCCGCCGCGAACAAGGCAACGUUCGCCCACCCCGCGCAGAGACGCGGAGCGACCCCCACGCGCGCCAAAGGGGAAGUCGCAGAAAGGCAAAGGAGCCAAGGGCAGGGGGAAGAAAGGAAAGAAGGAAAGAGUCUCCGGCAAAGGCACAGGAGGAGACUACAAGCGCCGCAACCGCCCCGGACUGGCCCAGAGGCGCCGCCGGCGGGAAGCGCAGGAAAGGGCAGCAGGCCCUCCGCGCCGCCCGCGCGCCAAAGAGGAGCCCCGGGACGACGCGCCGGUGAAGGAAGAGGCCGCGGAGGGAGAUGAGAGACCCCCGGCCGACAGGCAGGCCUUCGACGCCCAGUGGCAAGGCAGCCAGCACGGGAAGGCCCUGCAAGCCUCCAAGCGCUUCCGGAAGGUCUUCAAGGCCUCGAAGCGGUCCUGCCCCCUUGUCACCACUGGAACCCGGGCUUGGCUCACCAGCUCGACCGUCCACGCCCACAUGCGCCAGCUGCUUGUGGAGCUGGUCGAACCUGUGCACGUAGGUCCGCAUGGACUCGCCUCCAAGGCGUCGCACCUGUUCCCAUCCUCGGAGAUAGUGGUGCUUGCGGUAGACGAGCUGCUCGUUGGACGCGGCUUCCAGCCUCUUGAGCACUCCUUCAACUCCCUCGGCUUCGAGCGUCGCGAGCUCCACGAACUCCAGCUCGCGCUCUGCUGCGCCUGUCAGGCUUUCGACGAGGAGGAGCGCAGCGUCUCCAUCCGUCAUCCAGCCGGAAGCCCGUUUUGCCCACAGGCGUACCCUCCUGGCGUAGCGGUCGAAAGUUCCGACUUCCUUGGCUUCCGCCGCGUAGCGGGGCGGCACUGGUGGUGCACCGCUCUUCCAUCUCACGCCGGGGGCAGGGCCGCUCCUGGGGUCCCAGGGCGCUUGGUGUCCGCAGCCAUGUACAGUGGCGAGGCCCUCGGCCACCGGCUCCUCGAGAGGUCUGGUUUGUCCUCCGAGCAGGCCCGGAUGGUGCUGAUCGGCUCGAGCCAGUCCUUUGAGUACGCCCCCAUCCGGGACUCGCUGCUGUUGCAGUACCCGGACACGCUCCCUGUUCCCCCCAUCGCCAGUGGCCCUGGGAGUGGCAAAGGGAAGCCGAAGGGCGACAAGAACAGGUCGCAGAAGGUCCACGUGACCACCCACGACGAGGAUGACCACCAGUCCCCGGAGGCACCGGACCAGAGUCACCCGGACGUGGACGAGCUCACCAGCGCCCUUGAGGUGCUGACUGUGACAGCCCAGAAGCUCAAAGCCUUUACGCAGGGCAGACGAUGGUCGGACGGCAAGGGCAGCCCCACCAGUCCGUCCAAGAGACCUCCUGCCACGGGCAAGCCCUCCUACCACCACGGUAAAGGGAAGGGCAAAGGCGACAAAGGCAAGGCCUCGAAGGGCAAGGGUCCCUCGAAGGUCCAUGUCGCCGAGAACCUCGAAGAGGAAGGCGCCGACCAUGGAGACCAUGAAGAUGCCGAGUGGCACGACCCCAACGAGGCGCCAGAGGUAACUGAAGGAGACGAAGGAGAAGGUGACUACGGCCAGGACGACACCUACGAGUCCUUCUUUGUCUGGAUGACAAACUGGGAAGGCCAGGCAGACGAGCACCCAACCACGGUACCCCCGCAGGUGUCACAGGUUCUGGCGUCUGCGCCAGACACCGCGGCAGGGCUCAUGGUGGUGGAUACGGCGUGCCAAAAGACCUGCAUAGGCCGCAGAGCCUACCUGGCCCACUGUGAGGUCCUGCGACAGUUCGGCCUCCGGUGCUCCUGGACUCCCGAGGCGGAGUACUUCAAGUUCGGCGCAGGCCCUCCAAAGAGGUCAUCGAUGUCGCUGGCCAUUCCGGCCGCCAUCGAGGGGAAAGCGAUGGUACUCAUUGCCUCGCUGCUGGAAACAAGCAUCCCUCUGUUGGCCUCCCUGCGUCUCUUGAAACAGCUGGGAAUGGUCCUGGACCUUACAUCUGCGGACACUUGGCACACGAAGCGAAAACAAGGUGAGGAAGUGGUUGUGGACCCAGCCUUGGCGCCUGCAUGUGACCACGAGUGCGUCCUGGUGGAGCUCAUGACCAUGCUCCCCCGCUUCGUGCAGAUGGCCCGACGAUGCCACCGGCUGAACAUAGGCCCCAUCCUGUACCUGGUGGCGUCAGCCACUCCGGUGGAGGUACGCAGAGUGCCGCCAGUGCGGAGUCCGCUGGAAGUGGGACGACGCCCGAGAUGGCUGGGCAUUGUGUCCACGAUCGUCUGGGCGUUCUACGUUGCCCUUACCUACGGCAGCAACUACCUUGGAACCGACGGGUUCGACGGGAACCAGUUCCAAGGCCAAGGCCAAGAGUACCCUUUCUACCAGGAGGCAGGAUACACAGAGGUUCCGCCCCCAGACCCGACGCGUUCCCGAGGAGUUCGACCUGGCGAGCCAGGCGAGCGGACAGACUGGGAUGAGCUACGACCUGUCCCCUCCCGGGAGCGACGGGGAGUUCUACGAUUGGGACCUGGCCCAGAGCUGAAGAAAGGCCAGAUGAAACAACUGGCGUCGCAAGCCAGGAAGGCGCACCGGGCCCUGACCCUGGAGCAAGCGACUCUUCAGCGAGAACUCAUCCGAGCUGCCGAUGUCCGAAGGAGAGUUGUAUAUGGGCGCGACCUCCUUCAAAUAACGACAUGUGAGAGUGGGCAAAACAUGAAGGCCAUGGGGCUCAACACGGUGGAGCCCUCGUGGGACAUCGGAGUUCCCAAGGGUCGAAAGGCCCUCACCGAAGCCUUCGACUACCACAGGCCCCUGGUUGCUGCGGCUAGGCUGACCUCAAGCACAGCCCACACGCGACCAGAGACUCUAGAGGCAGUCCUCAAGCUGCUCAAGAAACAGCAGCGAAGAGGGUACUAUUGGACUCUCAUCGCUCCCAGGGACCACCCUGUGUGGAGCAUCAAGGGGAUGGGUCAGCAUCUCGAACAAAGUCACGCUCAUGUUGCUGAGGCCGACGAAAGGAUAGCCUCAAACCAUGAGUGGUUGGCUCACCCAAACCCCGAUGCCACCCCUGCAGGACUGGCCGAAAGAGUCCGCAGGGUCGUGAGGGAGAUAGAACCUACAAGGUUCCACCAAGAAAAGGACGAGCUACCCCUCACUCCAGCUUGUGGUAUGUGGGACAGAGUGUCAACCAAGCCCCCGUUCCACGAAACUUACUACCUGGACUACCAACAAGACGAGCGCGAGUGGCGGACCGUCAUGGGUCAAGUGGAACAGGUGUUCCGGACAAGUGCUACGCUGCAGAUCACCCUGAUUCCCGACCAUGACAUACGAAGACGAGUGGAAGAGCUGUUCCCAUGGGAAGUGGGAAGAGUGCAAUUGGCCAAGUCACCAAAGGCCAGGAGGUUUCCUCGAGACAUCCCAUUCACACAUAGAGGCACAAUCCUCUUGUACAACGAUGACGAGUUGGUGUGUGAAUCCGAAGAUGUGGCCAACAUUGCAUUCCCACGUCAAAGGUUCGCUAAGCCUGUAAGGUACGCCAUCUGCGUCUAUGGCAACGCGCCCGAGGACCCGAGUGAUGUGCCGGCGCCCCCGGCAGCCACCGGUCCACCGGUAGCGGACCCCGAAGUCCCGCCGGAGGAAGUCCACGGCGCGGACGUGACCUUCCCAGGCUGUCAAGCGCCACGUGAAAUCAAACGAGCCGUGGCUCGACUUCACGUGAACUUAGGACAUCCGUCAGCUGCCGACACCGUGCGCAUGCUGGCCCAGAGCGGCUCCGUGACGCCAGAAGCGAUCUCGGCCGCUAAGGCACUUUCUUGCGCCUCUUGUCUGCGCUUGAAAGGGAACACCCCGGCACGGCCCUCCCGACUGAUAGAUCGGUUCGUCGGACAGCUGGGCGACAGCAUGCAAAUGGAUAUCUUCUAUUCGCGAACGGUUGACGGAACGAACUAUCCACUACUUGGAAUGGUAGACGAGGCUACCAACCUUCAGCAGGUGUGCGUCCUAAAGGACCGCAACCCGAAAACCAUUAUCGAGGCGUUCCGCACGACCUGGGUACGCCCGUUUGGUUUUCCCCACAAAAUCACCCUGGACCAAGACGGUGCGUUCAUGGGAGAUUUCUGGACCUACCUCAUCGACAACUCCACGGAAGUGGACUACAUUCCUCCCGAAGCCCACCACCGGCUAGGCAAAGCCGAGAGGACUGUCGGCCUAUGCCAUAGUCUUCGGCCGCAUAGGGUGCCCGGCGAGCUCUUAACGGACGAUGCGUCCCUGGCGGCCCACAUCCCCCUGGAGGAGCACAACCGCCACACCAUCGUUUACAGAGCCGAAGCACAGAAGGCAGCGGCGCAAGUCAACGUGGACCAACACGUGAGGCGCGCCCUCCUUCGGAAAACCGCGCGUAUGAGAGUUGACGACAUCACACCUGGUGCUAAGUGCGCCGUGUGGAGGUCCCAGCUCCGUGGCAAAGGCCCCCGAAAGCGAGGCGGCUACAUCAUAGGACGACUAGUCACUUUUGAUGGCCACUGCGCGUGGGUGCAACUUGGUACCCAGACCGUCAAAGUCGACCGCAACCAGCUCAGACCGGCUUAUGGCUUCGAAGCAUGGUCCCCGACCGACGAAGACAUCCGUGCCCUCAAGGACGCUGAAAGAAACUUCCUGAGCGGACAAAUCGAGGACUAUCAGAACGAAGGCCCGCCGGAAGAUGAACCGCUUGUUCCGGAACUCGAGUUUCCAACAAGCCCCGGUUCACCGGAGCAGUUUUCCGCGUUGGACGCUCCACCAGCCUCGGUGCCUGGUAUAACGGUUCCGCCGGAAAAGGUAAGGAGAACAAGUGCCUCGUCAGACGCACCUCCACUUCCACCUCCAGCGGAGCCGCCACCGCAGGCCAUGGACACCGACACGGCAAGCCAAGGGACAAAGCGAACCGCGGAGGCACAGUCUGGAAGAACAACGCCCUCCAAACGAAGUGCCCGACCAAGCUUCUCCUCGAACCUGGUCUGUGAGCACGACGAAAUCUUCCUGCGACCUCCUGGCUGGGAUGGCUCAGACUGGCAGCCCGACCACCCGGAGAGACUCUCCGCACUGCCGCAGGUGUUCGCCUCCGAGCACGCCGCGCCGGCAAUACCAUGCCCCGUCGAAGAGGGCAUCGAGGAUUGCCACUCCUCUUGGCAAGUUUGCUACGUCGGAGACCAAAGAAAGCUAGCCAACGUCGAGAAGCUCACCCGGAAGGAACUCAAGGCGUUGAACAGGGAAGUGCCGUGGCGCGACAUAGUCCGGCAAGGAGGAAUCGUGUUCGACAAGUACGUCGAGUCAGCUCGACGCGAGCACGAACAGUGGGAGUCUUGGGCCCCCAUCCGUCCCUUGUCCGACGAGGAGGCGACCGCUGUUAUGCGCGACCCCUUGUUGAGAACCCGGAUCUUGAAGUCUCGCGCGUGCUACCGCGACAAAGCUCAGGGUCAAGGCGACCUCCAGGCUAAAACGCGGGUAGUAGUACUCGGACACCGCGAUCCGGACUUGCACCACAUCUCCAGAGAUGCGCCGACUCCUACGCGGCUGACAGAAAGCAUUCUGCUUUCGGUGUACAUCUCAGGUCGAAACCGGAAGUUCCUAAAGAACGGACGCCGGUGGAAGUUGUGGUGUGCCGACGCCACAACAGCAUUCCUCCAAGGUUCCCAAGAUGAAGGGGAGCGCCCGCACAAGCUCUACAUGAUGAGCCCUCGCGACCCCAUCCUGGCAAAAGCAGGUGCCUUUCCUGCAACCUUGUAUGAGGUAACGGGCUCAGUCUACGGCUUGGCAAAUGCCCCUCGACUAUGGAGCCUCGAGGUGGGUAAGCGCCUCCUAAACGCCGGCUUCAGGCCGCACGCCCUUGAUCGCAUGUGCUUCCUGCACUACGACCCCCAAGGCUGCCUUGACUGCAUAGCCCUGGUAUACGUGGACGACUUCCUAGUCACUUACGCUGACACCUUCAAGCUGGACGUCCUCACCAGCUUGUUUCGCUGGGGACGCACCUCCUCCGAUGAAGAUGUCAUCACCUUUAAGGGCAAGCAGCUCCGGACGGUCAAGGAAAACGGCGUGUAUGUCUUGCGGGUCACACAGACGGAGUACAUUCGCUCCCUGAUUCCCGGCAAGAUUACGCGGCAAAGGAGCCGUGAGAACCCCAAGCUCACGGAGUCUGAGCUUUCCGAAUUCCGCUCUUGCUGCGGAGCACUACAGUGGCUGGUUGGACAGACCAGACCCGAUGGAGCCGCCUGCGUGUCCUUGACGAACCGCGGCAACGACUCCAGCCUGGCAGAGUUGAAGCAGCUCUAUGGCUUGAUGGAGUACUUCAAACGUACCGACGUCGACGGCCUCACCUUCCACGGCAUUCCGCUCAACGAGGAGACGGUCAUAGCCACAUAUGGCGACUGCUCAUGGGCAAAUGCCGCAGACUAUAAGUCUCAAGAAGGCUUGAUCGUGUGCCUCACGACGCCCGAGGCUUUAAGUGGGAGCGCGCCGGCCGUACUCCUCGACUGGAAAAGUACCCGUACUCCACGCGUGGUACGAUCGACGUUAGCGGGAGAGGCUUACGCAGCCGACGACGCUAUCGAUCGAGGCGUUCUGGCAAACCAGAUGUUUUCAGAGAUUAUUUUCGGGUGUGAAGCAAACCCCGUCAAUAACCUAAAGACACUUCGCCACUGUCACGCCACGGACUGCAAGUCGCUGUAUGACGCAGCCAUAGCAGCCAACUUCAACACCGAAGAGAAGCGGGUCGGCUUGACAAUCCGCGCUAUCCAGGAGACCAUCGCUCCGCAAGAUAUGCGCUGGGUUCCCACUACCGCAAUGUGGGCCGACGGCCUUACGAAGAUCUCAGACAGUCUGAGGGCCACGUUCCUCGACUGGCUCCGCAACCCCAGGGUGCAGCUGAGGUCCGAGGUCUGA